AGCAUGAAUAACGGUUCGCAACAGUAUUUAACGUCAUGUUUCACCGACACACUUACGUCGAACAUAUAUGGCGCUUAUAAAUAAAUCAGUAAACAACCUAUACUGGCAUUUUCUGACUGUAAAUUGAGACGAGUAGUCCAUCAUUGCAAGCUUUUAUUCAGCCUUUGAAAUGGCCUGGGUCUGGAAGAGGAAGUCGGUGAUUGUGAGCAGCAGUCUGAUCGUGGUGCUGUGUCUGUUUCUGGUGGUGAUGAACUACUCUGAGAAGCCGUACUUCCUGCUGCAGCCGAUGUUGGGCCACAGUUUCAGCAGAACUUGGAUGUUCUCCCGAUCGCCACACAAAGUCUUCAAACCUCACUACGGAUACCUCAGCGUCCCCUCACAGGAGCCAUUGAAGCUCCAUUGUGAGGUUUGCAGUAUUGUGUCCAGUUCUGGCCAGAUGUUGGGCCGUGAAACUGGGCCUGAGAUCGACCAGUCUUCGUGCAUAUGGAGGAUGAACAAAGCACCCACGCGUGGCUUCGAGAGGGACGUGGGCCACAGGACGGACCUGAGGGUGGUUUCUCACACCAGUGUUCCUCUGCUAAUCCAAAAGCCCCAGGACUUCUUCGGCCAGGGAAAUAAGACUGUCUAUGUGGUGUGGGGACCCUUGCGCAACAUGCGUCAGGAUGGCAAGGGAAUUGUGUACAAUAUGCUGAAGCAGGCUGUGGAAAACUACCCGAAUGCUCGCAUUUAUGUCACCACGGAGGAGCGCAUGAAUUACUGCGACACUGUAUUUAAAAAGGAGACUGGGAAAGACAGGAUUCAAUCGGGGUCGUACCUGAGCACCGGUUGGUUUACGCUCAUUCUGGCAAUGGACAUGUGCAAAGAGAUCAGAGUCUACGGGAUGAUCAACGACACAUACUGCAAGUCAGAAAGCUUCAAUAAGGUGCCGUACCACUACUACGAAGCAGGAAGUCGCAAUGAAUGUGCCGAGUACCUCUUGCACGAGAGUGCCCCCUACGGCGGACACCGCUUCAUCACAGAGAAGGCUGUGUUUGCAAAGUGGGCCAAAACUCAUCCCAUUAAAUUUUUAAGUCCAGAGUGGCAGCUGUCAUGACCAAUGGAAUGUCCUCAACACACCAAAACUUUGCCACGCCAAGGCUGGAAAAAUCUUUCACACUGCAAUGUCACAGCACCAGUUGUUUGAGUGCAGUAAGUAUCCCAUACUAACCACGAGGAGACGUCUGUAAUGCAUCUGGUGUUGAAUUUCUGUGAGUGAGUAGUGGAUUUUGCAUGUUCUCAUUGUUUACUCAUCUGGACAGUCUAGUAGCAGAUGUUUUCCUCGGAGCACAUACACACUCCACAGAAUUGAUGCGCUAAUAAUGUGAUGCUCUGUUUUUUCUUCAUCGCUGGAGACAAAAGAAAACGAGGAACGUUUUGCAUCUCGUAUCACAAAAACGGAUGCAGGCUUUCCAGGAAGGUUGCUGGAUCUCACCUUCUGCCAAAGGGUUCAUGUAUUUUUGUCUCAUAGACAACCAUUGAAAUGAAAUCAACCUUCCAAACCUUUAAGCCGAACACCGAAACAUGUUACACACAAUUUUACAUGAAUUUUAGGUCAUUUAGGAACCUAAGCGUAUCAAUUUUGACAUGAGAUUAGUUUAUUUUAAAUCACUGUGUAAAAAUGUAUGUAAGUAUACAGGAAUUUGUCAAUGUCAAGCACGGAGGAAUAGUUCAGCCAAAAAUGAAAAUGCUGUCAUUAUUUACUCCCACUCAUGUCAAUUCCAAACCCAGUGUUUUUCCUUUUUGUCAGUUCUGUUUGGGAGCUUGACAGAUCCGCUCAUUAUACUGUCACUGUAUGGAGAAUAGUUGGUAGAAGAUUCUUCUAAUUCCCCUUUUCUGUUCCACAAAAAAAGCAUCUGGCUUUGGCACGAUAUGAAAAUAUAGAAUGUGCAUUUAAAACAGCAAGCAACAGCGCAAAUGUUGCAACAACGCUUUUGAGUUCAUGAAGGCAUGCCACAAAUAGAAAACAUGAGUAUACAUAUAGGACAGGUUCAUUGAAGUUGUCAAGAUUAUGUCUGUAAGAAGCGUAGCGUAUUUUCCAAAGCAUUGCUAUCCAAUCCAUCAUUUUCCCUGUGCCUUAUUUGCUUGUUUAAAAUUACCCUCCCAUCCAGAAGCCACCGAUGUCCCAAAUUUUCUGAAGAUGAAAGUACACUCUCCCCGUAUGUCAGAUCAGCAGGUUAAUUUGAUAAGCCACUGUAGCCGUGUGCCGUUACAUCACAUAAACCAGCAGAUAAUGCAGUGCCCUGGGGGGCCUCCCACCGUGUCGCAGCUUCCCCCCGUGCAUCUCGUUGUGUUUUCCUUCAUCAAGCACAGCAUGAAGCAUCUUGCACGUAUAUCAGGAAUAUUCAUCAUCAUCUGUACCGUACGGAACACGCUUUCCUAUCAGCUUAUGAUUAUCAUCAGGCAGCUCAGCCAGGACAGCCUUUCUCUCUCUGUUCUGUGCACUUUGACCGAUGUUUGUGUAGCACUCCAACACGGCGUGAGUGCCGUUGCAGUGCAUGCAUUUUCCCCGGGGAGAAUGAUUCUAGCCAAUGGAUGUACCGGCUGUCGGAGCAUUGUAUACAGUAUAUGCUGUGACAAUAUACGAGAUAAACGGCAAACAACAGCGAGGAGUGCUUUGAUGAUCCUACUCACGUCUUUGGCCAAGUUCAUUUAAACAAAUGACGGAAGGAUAAUUUCUCAGAGUGCUGUCCCGGGAUCAUCGAGUGCUGUCGUUUGUAUUGAUUUCGUUCAGCAUGUGAUAAAAAGCAGACCUGAUUAGGAAACAGCACUUUCACUUUGUGUUUUUGAAUUCUGCUGUUCAUGCCUACCUACACACAUACUGUAUUUAGGGGAAAGUGGGAUAAGCUGUGCUACUUUUUAAUUAAAUUGGUUUAUUAAUAGGCAUCGAGAAAAGAGAUUGAGGUAAAUAAAUGAUACGGCUAAUUAUAUUUUAGCACGUCAACUGAUUAUCGAGCGAUUAACUUUACGGUUAGUUUAGUCACGGACACAUCUUACCCGAUUCACCUACAACACUUUACCCUACAGCAGCAAUUUUAGAACGUUGAAUAUUUCAUGUCUAAAUGGCUACCUGAAUCAUUUAUAUUUUUUUAUCAUUUCAGCAACAUAUUUCAAGGCCAUUUCUCAAUAUGCGUUCUUCAGCGGUCUUGUGUCCUUGUGUUCUCACUCUAUGACAUCAAUAACCGUCAAAGUCUGGUUUCGAUACUCAAUAACAGAGAACGCAUGAAAGUACCCGGAUGUGUUCUCAAUAUCAUGGAUGCAUCGUAUGAUUCCGCUUGAAGUCCCUGAAGUCACUGUUGCGCAUCCAUCCAAGUUCGAGACUAGACUGGUCUCCACAAGAACACAAGUUCAUUCUUUGACUUCUUGGAAUUGAGAAACGGCCUAAGACAUCAAUGUAGGCUAAAGUUUUGAUUGGCAAAGUUUGUUUUUGUCAUGAUUGCUCAAUCGCAGGCAGCUGUAACAGACCCUUUCAGAAUAUAUAGCAGCGACAAACAUUGAAUACAAUUAAAAUGCCAACCUAUGGCACAUCUUACUACAUCGAUUACACUCCCCUACUUUGACUCCGGAAGAACUUUGUUAUUUUUAAUGUCUGAUCACAGACUAUGCCUUUCCAUAGAUCUUUAGCAGCAUUUGUGGUUCUGCACAAGCAUGUGAAUGUUGACUUAUCUCCAGUUAUUUGGCACAAAAUUCAGCACAUUUUACUGUCCUCAGCUUUGGACUCAUCUGUUAUAAGUGCUCUAACAUUUUAAAAGUGUUUUCUCUAUUUUGCAGCCCAAAGUGUCCUUUUUGUUGCUUUUAUUUUUAAUUUUGCUCAUUGUAUUUUAUUGCUUUUUUAUUUGGCAUUUUUUCAUGUCUUCACACAAUUAAAGGAAAAGUUCAUCUAAAAUACAAAAUUGUGUUAUUUUUUACUCAACCACAUGACGUUCAACAUGUUUUAAGACCUCUCGGCAUCUUCUUAACACAAACAUAGAUAUUUAGGUGACUUCCGAGAGAUUUCCAGGCCUCCUCAUAGACAUCAUGGUAAUAGUUGUUGUCAAGAUCCCGAAAAGUACAAAAGACAUUGUUAAAUUAGAGUGGCUCAGUUUAAUUUUUUUGAAGCGAUGAGAAUUCUUUAUUCAAUUCUUAAUUCUUCGACAAAUUGGAGUAUGAACUAUCCUGAACUAUCCCUUUAAGUACUUUUCUGGCCUGAAAUCUCUCGAAUGUCACCUAACAUAUCUUUAUUUGUGUACCGAAGACGGCAGGAGGUCUUAAAAAAUGUUGAACAUCAUGUUGGUGAGUAAAUAAUAAAGAAAUUUUGAUUUUGAGAUGAACUUUAAGGCCAGGAAGAACCUGUUUUGCGGAUAUUGAUUGGUGCUGAGGGUUUUGCCAUCCAUUUUUCUUAAUUUACAGAGUCAUAUACAGUGCCUUGCAAAAAGAACAGCUCCAUUAAAAAGACACAGUUGCCUUACAUUUGGCCUCUACCUGUGUAUCAUUAAAAUUAUGUUUGCAUUAAGUCAAAUACAUUAUCCAUUAUUAUACUUUUUGAAAGAUCCUAAAAAUAUUCUAUUCACCCUAAAAACACUGGCAGCUUGCGUUUCAGUGUGUGUUUGACAGUAGCUUCACUAAGACAGUAAAACGCUUGUAAAAUAAACUCAGAACAGCUCUGUGUAUAAAGUUCACAUGUUCAUGUCCUUGUAUAGUGAGAUACAGACAAAUUCACCAGUGUCAUGCUUGUAACAUGUUAAAUUGCUGAAGUCAUUCACUCGGAUACACACACAGAACAAGCAGAUGACAUAUUUAAAUAGUAGAAUUCUGGUUUCCAGAUUCUUACCCCCACAUCGCGCAUAAAGCUCUAGAUAAAUAGACUCAAUGCAGCCGGAAAACAAGUAAAAAACAAAAUAAUAACCAAAAUAUAUAGUGGGGCGCCAUCAGUUUACCUCACACACGAACAGGCACAAGAAUAUCUCCGCCCCUCCUUUGUGUUUCUUCUCAAUGAUCUUUCUAAUUCUUUUGACAUGCGCUGCACACUGAUGCAGGAUUCUCACAGAGGCCGGGGAGUUGUGUGAUUGGGCCAGCCCAGUGUCAUUUCAAAAAGAGCCAAUGGGCUGCUGAUUAAGUGUCUCAUGGGUUUAUCAGUUUUUUAACAAAUGCAUCACGUCACCAGAAAGUUGUACUUAUCGAUUUAUGAAAAAUGAGAUGUAUCGGCCCAAAAAUCCGUCGGCCUACCAGAAAAAUGCCAGGUAUGCCCGAUUACCAAUUCAGCACUGACAGUACCUCAAUAACACUAAAUGUGAGUGCUGUUUGUUCGUGCAAAACUCAUCAUCACAGAGUGUGUUUGCUAGGGUGUUCUGGAUCAUUGGUUGGUUGUUGAUUGGUCCAAAUUAGAAAAGCCCACCCACAGAUUUCUAUGAUAUUCAAAUUCCUUGAUAUUGCUUAUAUAUUAAUAACGUUCAUAACUGCCUGUAAUUAUACCGGCCAAAGCGGAAGAUGGUCAGAAUGUUGUACUUUCUUUAACAUACUUUAUAAAAUAGUGAUUCAGUUGUGAUUAAUAAAGAUAAUGCUUUCUAGCCAAAUUCUAAAGUGUACUGUCCAAGAGCUGUGUGCUCGCAAUGCUGAUAGCACAUAUGAUUUUUGAAAGCAGAGACUAGGCAAGUUGUUAACAAUAAAGAAUGGAAUAGAUGGAAAUCUUUCACCCUGACAGUGAUCCUAAACACAAGGUCAAUGUUAGAGUGAAAGAGGUGUGUUUCCCACAAUGCCCCAGUCAAAGCCCUGAUUUCAGUCCAAUUAUAAAUCUCUGCCUGCAUUUGAAAAUCACAGUGCACAUACCCGAAAUACCAAUUUGCCUCCAAAAAUGGACUGGAAUAACACCUGAGAAGUGUUCAAAACUUGUGCACGCAUUCCCUCCAAAACCUAGAGUUAUUACUGCUGCAGAUGUGGCUCUUUAAAUCACUCGACCAAUAAUAUUUUAGUUUUAUUUUGAUUAUAUUUAUAAACGUUUUAUGAGAAGGAUUUGGAAACCUUUGCAAGGCACUGUAUCGUCCUGUCUUGAGCAUGUAAUGAAAGUUGCCUCGGAAGUAUUUCUCAAAGUGGAUGUGUUAAAGUGUAAAUGCCUUUUUUUUAUAUUGUGAUUCAUUUAAAAGGUGAUCAGAUGGAUUCAGACAAAUUUAUUCUUUUUAUUUACAUUUGCUGUCUAUUUUCUUUUCUUGUGCGAUAAACUAGAAAGUAGCAGGAACUAUUCAUUUCGCUCUAAUUUAUCAUAACAGCUGUAUUUCUGAAAUCAUGUACUUUAUACAUCUAAUGGGUAAUUUGUCUUUUGAAUUCAUGUUCUUGUUCUUCUAACCGUCAGAUGUUUGAAUAGCAUCAUGUGGCAUGACACUGUUGACUUUUCAUAGUAGCCCAUUCAGUGUAUCAGUAAUGAUCACAACCAUAUUUGAACCUUCAUUACUCUCAUUACAUACAUUAUUAUGUAUAUUAAAUAUACAGUGAUUAUGUUGCUAUGUGUAAAUUAUAUAGCCUGGAUGAGCGAUCCCAUAUCCCGUAAUCUCUUUGUGUGUGGUGAUUAUUGAGAAAUAUCAAAUCACCGGUGGCUGUGAUUGACCAAUCAGAAAUGAGUAUUUCAGAGCGUUAUGUAAUGUGUAAAAACCCAGACCCUGAUUGUAGUGAUUUUAUCUGCUUACCCAAGCAGAAAAUGAUUUGCUGGAUAACAAAAUAAGUUUACACUCAUGAAAUCUUUCCAGCAUGAACACUUUGACUAUUCAUUUUCUCAGUAGCUGAUGGCUGUUAUUGUCAAAUUAGAAUAAAUGCUCAGUCCCGAGCAGGAAAUGAUGUUAUAAUGAUGUAUUAUUAGAUCGUGACAUGCAUUACUGAUGCCUUUGAUGUAUUGGUGGGCUGCUCUGUUGUUUUAACAUGUGGUUAUUAGAAAAGCGAGGAGGAUUAUGAUCAAUGCUUAAACUCCUCAUUAAAGUGCAAAUGAACCAUCGGACAGCGAGAGGAAAUGAGAUUUAAAACCCCAUCUAGCACAUAUUUCAUUCCAACACAUUUUUGCUCGUCUCCUGCUUUAUAUAUCUGCUGUAUCUUAAACUAUGAAGUUUUAUAAAGACCUCAGUUGUAAAUGCCAGUGGGCAGUGCUGUGUCAUAGUACUUUGUUGGGCAGGGUCAGAUAACACAUCAUUUCAGGGUUUCUUUCUGUGCUAAUUUCCGUCAUUGAACUAAUGGCAGUUGCAUUAUGCUAUUAUCUAGACUAUAUACAAGACUGUAUAGGGGAACAACAGUGGAGUGUCUCUCUACAUCAGCAGUUCUGCAGAGAUGUGUAAGUAGUGUGUAUACAGUAUAUUAUGAUUAUUAUUUUGGAGUUGUAAAAUCAUUAUAAAGUUUACAUUUUUGCUGUGGUAAAAUGUAAUUGCUCUCUGUUGUUUUAUUAUUUCAUUUUGUCUUUAACAUCUGUAACUAUGUAUGCUGCUUUUCCUGUUUGUCUGUUACAUUAAUGUGCUCGAUUUCUUCGUAAACAAAUGUUACACCUUGACAAAAUGGUGGCUUUUUUAAGCUAUGUGAUUGUGUAACCUUCCUUUUUUUUACUUGCUGUCUGGCUUUUGUAAUAAAUUAAGCAAAUGAAAUGAG